AUGUUCGCCCAGACUCUGAUCACUGUUUUUGCCGCUGCGGCCGUUGUCACCGCCCUGCCAACCGCGACCACAACCUCAACUCCUGACAAGACAACCACCCUUACCGGAGUCACUCACUCUGUUGUCGCCGGCCGUGGAGGUGCUCUGGUCUUUGACCCAGAAAACGUCGUUGCCGAGAUUGGAGAUAUCGUCGAGUGGCAUUUCCUUCCAAAGAACCACUCAGUUGCCCAGUCAUCCUUCGGGCAGCCUUGCGUCCCCGAUGCCUCCCUUGCGCAGCCCUUCUUCAGCGGUUUCCAGCCUACCGACGCUGCACAGGCCCCCGACGUUUUCCAAAUUGUCGUUCAAGACAAGACCCCCAUCUGGUACUACUGUGCUCAGACGACGGGCAACCACUGCCAGAAGGGGAUGGGUGGUGUGAUCAACCAGAAUUUCGACUCGCCCAACACUCUGGCCGCCUAUAAGGCUUUGGCUGCUGGUACGGGCACUUCAGUCGUCCCUCCAGUUGUUCAGGGAGGCUCGGUGAUCCCUAACCCAAACCCGAACUCUGGAUUCUAA